AAGCCUAUAAAUACUGCCCCCUGGUUAAUACCAUUACAACACUAAACAAAAAAACAUUAACAUAGUUAACUAAAUAUUGCAAGUAACACUCAAGAUCAUGGAGGAGCAGAGCAAGAACAAGAUCAGUGAAGAAGAAAAACAGCUUCAUGGGAAACGAAGUCGACCAAAGGGAGGGUUGAUUACUAUGCCAUUCAUCUUUGCUAACGAGAUAUGUGAGAAGUUGGCGGUGGUUGGGUUUCACGCAAACAUGAUAAGCUAUCUAACAACACAGCUUCACCUUCCCUUAACCAAAGCAGCCAACACUCUCACUAACUUCGGUGGAACUUCGAGUCUCACCCCUCUCCUCGGUGCCUUUAUCGCCGACUCCUUCGCGGGCCGCUUUUGGACCAUCACGUUCGCUUCCAUCAUCUACCAAAUAGGGAUGACACUGCUUACGAUAUCAGCAAUACUGCCGACGCUAAGGCCACCACCAUGUAAAGGAGAAGAGGUUUGUGUAGUAGCAGACACAGCACAGUUGAGUAUACUGUACAUAGCUCUUCUACUUGGAGCUCUCGGGUCGGGUGGGAUCCGACCUUGUGUCGUUGCUUUUGGUGCGGAUCAGUUUGAUGAGUCGGAUCCUAAGCAAACCACCAAAACCUGGAACUACUUCAACUGGUACUACUUUUGCAUGGGAGCAGCAGCAUUGGUGGCGGUGACGGUGCUUGUGUACAUACAAGAUAACGUUGGUUGGGGUUUAGGUUUGGGCAUCCCGACAGUAGCUAUGUUCUUAUCCGUUAUUACUUUUGUCGGUGGCUUCAAGCUUUACCGUCAUUUGGAUCCAUCGGGUAGUCCAUUUACCCGUUUGAUCCAAGUGGCAGUCGCAGCGUUUCGUAAAAGGAAACUGAGGAUGGUUUCUGAUCCUACUCUUCUAUAUACCAACGAUGAGAUUGAUGCUCCUAUCUCCUUGGAUGGCAUACUCACCCACACCAAACACAUGAGUUUCUUGGAUAAAGCAGCUAUAGUGACUGAGCAAGACAAUUUAAAACCGGGUCAAAUCCCAAAUCCAUGGAGGCUAAAUACAGUCCACCGAGUCGAAGAACUCAAAUCCGUGAUCCGAAUGGGUCCAAUUGGAGCCUCUGGUAUUCUCUUAAUUACCGCCUAUGCUCAACAAGGAACAUUUUCUCUUCAGCAAGCCAAAACCAUGGAUCGACAUUUAACAAAAUCAUUCCAAAUACCAGCGGGUUCAAUGUCUGUCUUCACAACUGUUGCUAUGCUUUCCACAAUCGUCGUCUACGACCGUAUUUUUGUCAAAAUUGCCAGAAAGUUCACUGGUCUCGAGCGAGGCAUCACGUUCCUCCAUCGUAUGGGAAUCGGUUUCGUAAUCUCAAUCUUCGCAACACUUGUAGCCGGAUUUAUUGAGAUCAAACGCAAACACGUUGCAAUAGAGCAUGGACUUUUGGAUAAACCACAUACAAUGGUUCCAAUCUCGUUUUUUUGGUUGGUUCCUCAGUAUAGUCUCCAUGGAAUUGCUGAGGCUUUCAUGUCGAUCGGACAUAUGGAGUUCUUCUACGACCAAGCUCCAGAAAGCAUGAGGAGUACUGCAACAGCGUUGUUCUGGAUGGCAAUUUCGAUUGGGAACUAUGUAAGCACUUUGCUUGUGACGUUGGUUCAUAAAUUCAGCGCUAAACCAGAUGGAAGCAAUUGGUUACCAGAUAACAAUCUAAACCGUGGAAGACUUGAGUAUUUUUACUGGGUGAUCACUGUGUUACAAGCCGUUAACCUUGUAUACUAUCUAUGGUGUGCCAAGAUUUACACAUAUAAACCUGUUCAGGUGCAUCAUAAUAAAGAAGACAAUAGUCCAGUUAAGAAUGAAUUACAGUUAUCUAAUAAAAAUUGAGUUGAUGUAUGAGCUCUUUUGGAUAUGUAAUGUAAUCGGUAAUUAUAUUUAUAAACUCAAUAAAAGUAGAAAGCUUGACUUUUUCAA